AUGGACCGGUAUCAAUCAAACGGACGACUGCUCGCUUUCUUCGUCCUCCAGGGUCUCAUUCCCUCGGUUGUCCUAAUCACAACACCUAAACGGUCCGCUAUACGUUAUCUGUCUAUACCAUAUCUUCUACUGAUCAACCCACAAGCCGGGCGCGACUUCGUCGACGCAAAUGGAAACAUCAAGAGCUUUAUACCUCGUCUAGUCGAGGCUGUCCGGUUAAUCACAUUCACGCGGGCUGUUAAUACACCCCGACAAGUGAAGAACGUCCCGCCCUUCCCGGCAUACUACACCAAGAGAGAUCCCAAGGUGAUCCCACGAGGUCGCUUCUUGGUUAGAGAAACUGCUAUUGCUGUCUGGCAGUUUCUAGUUCUAGAUAUAUGUACUGGUCUGAUCUUGAAACAAGCCAUGAAUGACCAAGACGAAGGAAAGACAAGUUCUUCCGGUAUCCUGGGACUAGAGUGGAUAACAAAGACUCUUAUUCAAGUUGCCAUUGCUUGGCUCGUUGUGUGUCGUAUCCUGAUCAGCUUCUACUACCGCGUCGCUUCGAUCAUCUUUGUCGGCCUGGGGGAUUCUCCUUUGAACAGUCCGCCGAUUAUUGGCAGAACGGCGGAUGUAUAUACAUUGCGGAAUUUCUGGGGAAAAUUCUGGCAUCAAAUGCUACGACUGCCCCUCACGUCGACUAGCAAUUUCCUAGCGCGGGAUGUGCUCCGUCUGCCCAGAUCGUCGCUUGUGGAGCGAUACACCAACGUGUUUAUCGUGUUCUUUUUCUCUGGUUUGAUCCACGUCGUACUCGACAGUCUGCGGGAUGUUUCACCGCGGGAUCCUGCGACUAUGUCAUUUUUCCUCUCUUUCGUUAUCGGCUAUAUAAUUGAAGACGGUGUCCAGGCUCUCUGGAAACGAACACGCGGGUCCCGGGACAAUAUCGGCUUGCCGACGUGGUGGCAGAAGACUAUUGGCUAUUGUUGGGUCCUGACAUGGCUGGGGGUUACGUCUCCUUGGUAUUUCAGGACGAAGAUGUUAAAGCCGGAACAGCAUAUGGUUUGGGUUCCUUUCAGCGUUGCUGGGCUCAUUAGUCCUCUUUUAUUGAAUAGUAUAGUCAUUGGCGGUGGUCUUGUGUUGAAGUUCGUAUUUGAGGGAGAGAUUUGA